AUGGGCAUUAAAGAGUUUGUGCAAGUUUUCUGGGGGCCUAAUACUUUAUACCAACUUGUCGGUUACGAUUUCCAACUAUUGCCCCGCCCUUAUUGGCGACAGGUACUAAUGAACGCGUUCCUGAUAUUCACUACCAUCAGCGGCAUAUGCACUCGCAUCUACAUGCUGAUGCAACUGCGCGAGCUGAUUAUAAGUGGGGACAUUCUGAAUACUUUUCGUUUGGGAGUGUACAUUUCAUAUGCCAUCGAUUCAAAUGUGAAGUUUUUGGUGUUUCUUCUGAAUGCACACAGUUUGCGUAAAAUUUACGAAUCUCUGGCUGCUGAGUAUCCGCAAACAUACAGCGACCGGAAGUUAUACAAAGUUAAUAAAUAUAGUUUUAGGCGUAUGCGUCUAAUGAUUUGCGCCUAUUUGUUGGUGUCUAAUUCUAUACUCCUCGGGCCGAUGCUGCAGUCAAUUUCCAUGUAUAUUAUUGAUCUUCUUCGUUAUGGCUACGCUAAUGCAACAUUUCCAUAUCUGCAUCCAACUCCAAUGCCUUACAAUUUCGACUACUGUACUCCGCGUUAUUACAUUCCGAUAUAUCUUUCGGAGUAUUUAAACGGCCAUUUCUGCACUACAACCAAUUUAGGUACGGAUUUAUAUGUAAGCACUUUUGCGGGACAAUUUUGUAUGCAACUGGAAUAUUUGGGUUACUCACUGGAAACUUACGAACCAAGUGUGGAGAACUCAAAAGCAGAUUGUGAGUUUCUAAUGAAGUGGAUUAGAAAACAUCAGCUAAUGCUGAGUCUCUGUGCUGAUCUAAAUGAAGUCUUUGGCACAACUCUGCUGUUCAAACUAGUAUCAAAUUGUACUGUCUUUUGCAUAAUUGUCGUUCAGCUCAAGCUAGAAGGGUUUGGUUGGGGUUUCCUAAAUUUCCUAAGCUUCUUUUUUGUUACUGUUGCACAAUUCUUUAUGGUAUGCCAAUACGGACAAAAACUGAUUACCAUCAGCGAAAAUCUGGCCCUAAGCGUUUACAAAAACCGCUGGUAUAAUGGCUCGAAAGAGUACAAAAAAUUGCUUUUUACUAUAUUUACGCGUGCGCAAAAACCCGCCAAGCUGACCGCGAGGGGAUUUCAACCUAUAUCGCUAGUGACUUUUCAAAUUGUGAUGACUAUGACCUACCGUGUAUUCGCUGUGUUGCAGCGGGCUUUAGAUUAA